UGGUGCUUGCUUUCUCCCUUCUCUUCUUCUCUCAUUGUCUUCAUUAUCCUGCAUCCUUCCAGUAUCGUUUUUUAUCAUCUUUGAUCCUUUUGAUAUCAAACGCGUCGUUUGAAUAUCUGUCUCUCACGCAGUUUCCAUCAUAUCUGAGCAACAUGUCGGAUAUGGUAGAUUUCGAGGAUGGGCAGAGCCCGCCUCCCAUGUUCAAAAUGAGGAGGAGCCUGUCACAGAUAUACCAAGAUCUUAGCCCACAGGUUCCCGAAGAUGAACACUUUGUGAUGACCCGCUUGUUCGUUCAGAGAGACAUGGUGGAUGAGCUAGAAGAAUUCCCGGACCAACUCGACGGGGGCGACGAUCCGGAGGGUUCGCCUGAGGCUGCACCGUCCGCUCCACCCUGGUCGGACACGGCAUCCACCGCGUUUGACGUGGUCGACCAUCCGGAGGAGACGUCUGCGCCUUCCUGGUCUGAUACGGCGUCUGCAGCCUCCGAUGAAGGCCCCGACGGACCGACGAGCAAGAAGAGCAAGACGGCCGACGACCCGACGUGUGUCAUCAGUCACCCGUCGAAGAUCGUCGACUACCACUUGUACCUGCGUGCCGUGGAAAAAGACAAAGACACCUGGUGCAGGCGGAACGGUAUGUAUCUGUACGAUGGCAUGGAAUGCCGGCGCAUUUCCUACCGCGAGCUUCUGGAUCCCAAGACCCUAUUUCCUGGCGAUGGCGGUAAUGAGGCGCGAUUCUUGAUCUGCGCGCUCCCCAUCCCGGAUCAUGACACGACGGUCCGGAGCCGACACUACGUCGUGGGAUUCAACUGCACGGAACGAAUGUUCUUUGCGCGCCACUUCGACUAUAUCACGGAAAACAUCGACGAUCUGUGGACGGUGUGGGACGACGGGCUCGAUAUGUACCAGCUCAGCGUGCCGGACCUGCUCCUGCUGCUGCAGUCCAGCUUCCGCGACGAGGUGCACGUGGGGAUUGGAGUGCUCAGCUCGAGCCCAUUCUGCGUGGCGCUGUGCGGGGAGGACGACCCCGGGAUGGAGAUCGUCAUUGCGAUUUCGCUGUGCCAGUGGCUGCUGGACUUUGCCGAGGUGAUCUUCGAAGAGCAGCACGACGCGAUGGACAUGCUCAAGCAGGAGAUCACGCAUUACGUGGAGGAGCUCCGCAUGGUGCUGCAGCGGGCGUCGUUCCGGGCGUGGUUUGCAUCCAAUAGGGACCUGUCGACGGGCGGAUACAAGCGCAAGUCGGAGGUCAACAAGUACAUCAACGAUCUGUACAACUAUGAGAAGUCCAUGCACGACGGCAGCUUGGCGGGGAGGCCUUGGCGGGCUCCGGGGCUGGAGACGUGCGACCGGCUUCGCAGCGAGGACCGGAACCUGAAACGGAAGCGGACUGAAGGGCGACUGGAGGAACUGUUCGCGAUCCCCGAGACAGAGAGCUCUCCCGAGGCGGCGGCGGCGGAGGCGUUCGAAGAGAUGAGGGAGCGGUCCGAGGCCAGUCGCCAAGUCUUGGAGUCCACGUUCCCCCCGGACCCUCCCCGGACUCCAUCUCCCCGGCCACUUCCCAGCAGCCCGGGGGCGUCCGCACGAGCUUGGAGUCCCAUGUCACCGGGCAUUGUGGCGCCUGCGACGGAGGGAUUCGAGGAGGGGUCGGCUGUGACUGAGUACGACCGGAUCCCGCUGUCCCUGCUCCUCCGGCGUGCGGCGGAUCUCGUGGACGCGCAGCCCGAGCUGGACACGGUAGAGAAUCGAGGAGGGUUUGCCAGGAUGCUGUUGGAGCUUGGGGUGGGGAUUGAUCGCGCACCGAGGGAUGUGUUUGCUAACGUCAGCCCGAUGGGAUAUUUGCAUGACGACUGGAGUUUGGCAUCGGGAGCUGAGGCGCCACCGGUUCGUCGACUUCUUCCUAGCCCGGCUUUUGAUUAAGUGUGGAUUCUCGACUAUUUUUUCUUCAUUUUCAUGGAUGUUUUAUAUUGCAUCUUCUUUGUCAACUGGAUGUUUGAGUUGGGAUUAUGGAUCCUUCUUGUGAGAGUACAUUCCAAUAUGGUUCUUCAUGGUUUUAUGGAUGCUAUCAGGGAUGGUAUGGGACGAUGGAGUUAUCAGGGAUGGUAUGGGAUGAUGGACAUGGGGAGAUGGAUCCACUUGGGCUGUUCAUCACUGGAGUGAAGAUCAUGGUCAUAUUGGACAGUCUACCCCUGAGAUCCGAUGAAUAGGAGAAUGAAUGGAUAGGAGGAAAGGUAAAGGGAAAGAAAGAGAAUGAAUGAAGAGAAAGGAGGAAUAAGCAAGAUCA